AUGAUUAUGCUGCAAACAGCGGUUAUACUGGUAGCGAUGCUAACAGUGGUAACACUGAUAGCAGUGAUUACUGAUUACACCGGUAGUGGUAAUCUAUUGCAGAAGGAUUGUAGCCGGCUAAUGUACGGAAAUGCUAGCAUGCGAAUAACGUCUUUUGAUGAGCGAUUACACAUCGGUAGAUUGGGAGUAGCGUCAGGUGCGUUACCACUACAUGAUGAUGCGGUAACGUCUCAGGACGAAGCCUGGCAGGAACAGUUCAGGAAACUGUUAGCCAAACCCACCCACAAAGUAAGUUUCGCUGAAACAAAGCGGUUAUUUAUCAAUGUACGAGGAUGGAGUAACUUUGAUGCCGUCUUUUUUGGUGAGUGCAUAAGUGGUUUUUCUUUUCAUUGGUUCUUCUUUCUUCACGCAGAGCAAUUUUUAGUAUCUUCGUUGACCGGUGAGGGUAUUGAGCCGUUGCGCGAGCAUCUAAAGAAGUUGUCUUUCGAGAGAAACUGGAGAAUGGAUGAAAUGGCCGUCACUUCCAGGAAUCCUCAGCAGAUUUGUGUUGACUCCGUUCGUGCUGCUCUUCUUGAUACCACUCCGUCUAAUGUUGCUUACCAACUUAAACCCAAAAUAAGUGAAUGGAAAGUGGAGGGCGAGGUGCUACAAAUCGUUGUAGAGAUCAACUGUGAUAAAGAGCGCAUUGGACGACUGCUCAUUGGCAAGGGUGGUCGCCGAAUAGCAGAGAUUGGAAAGCGUGUCAAUGAUCAUAUGCACAGUUUAUUCGCACGACAGUUAUUUGUGCGCAUUAUCAUCAAACACAAUGGAAAAGUUGUUGAAUUUUUGAACUGA